AUGUUGGUCGGCGCAGAGGCAUUUUUUGAUCUUCUACUGUCAGGUAAGAUAAGGAUGUCCGUAGAUCUCCCGCUGCUGCAGGAAAGCGUCCUAGGCUGGCUUGUAUCGGGCCCGGUGGAUGCAUCUGCAACGUUAUCCACAGUCCGGUCUUUCCAAGCUGCUGCUGUUCGUGAAGCUGAUACGGAUUUGGUCCACAUUUUGAAGCUGUUUUGGGCCAUUGACAACCAGUCAAACAGUCCGAAGCCUGAAGACAACGAUUCCGAGCAACAUUUCCGGGAAACAUUUUAUCGCGACGAAGACGGAAGAUAUGUGGUGAGGUUGCCGUUUCGAAGGGAUUGUCAGGAGCUUGGUGAAUCACGUCAGCAAGCGGAGAAGAGAUUCUACCAGCUGGCACGAAGAUUAGACAAGGAUCCACAAUUGAAGAAGCUUUAUUCUGAAUUCAUCAGUGAGUACAUUCGUUUGGGUCAUUGCAAAGUACUCCUGGGUCCGGUCAGCGAUAAUGCAGAGGCUUAUUAUAUGCCACACCACUGUGUGCUUCGACCCGACAGCUCCACGACAAGGUUGAGAGUUGUGUUCGACGCGUCAUCGAAAAGUGGCUCCGGGGUAUCGCUUAAUGAUCUGCUGAUGGUUGGACCCCCAGUCCAAGAAACAUUGUUCGACAUCGUGCUGCGUUUCCGCCUUCAUCGCUAUGCAUUCACAGCGGAUAUAUCGAAAAUGUACCGAAUGGCUUCGAUGCACGAGGACGACACUAAGUUUCAACGGAUUUUGUGGCGCGAAUAUCGAUCCCAGCCACUGAAGGAGAUUGAGUUGACAACGGUCACCUACGGGACAGCCGCCGCUCCGUUUCUUGCAACGCGUUCCCUCAACCAGCUUGCCGAAGAUGAAAAGGAGUGUUUUCCGGCCGCGAGUAAGCCUAGUGUGAGUGUUGUUAGGGCAACGAAGAGACAAGUAAUGUCAGAGAUUGCCCGUCUAUUCGACUCGUUGGGUCUGCUUGCCCCGGUGAUAGUGAUAACUUAAAUGAUUAUGCAAGAUUUGUGGAAGUGUGGUUUGGAUUGGGAUGAAGAUCUGUCGGAGGAGCAGUUGGUUGAGUGGAACACAAUAAGGAACCAGCUGCCAGAGGUAGCGAAGAUGAAGAUUCCGAGACUGGUGAUCAUCGAUGGAGCUUGUCGUUUCGAGAUACACGGUUUUGCAGACGCUUCUAUGAAAGCUUAUGGAAGUUGCGUGUAUUUGCGGAGCAUUAAUCAGGAAGAAACAGCGGAGGUGCAUUUGCUAUGCGGAAAGUCUCGGAUUGCCCCCAUCAAGGAAACCAGACGACAGUCGACUGAUGACUCAAAUCCAGCUGAAUUGACCAUACCGCGCCUGGAGUUAUGCGCUGCGAAGUUAUUGUCAGAGCAAGUCACACAGGUCCUGAAUGCUUUGGAAUUACCGGUGGAUCGAGUGGUAUUGUGGUCUGAUUCUCAAAUUGUGCUCGCCUGGAUUGAGCAUGUGAAACCUGAAACACCAGUUUUCGUCCGGAAUCGGGUUUCGCAGAUUCGCGAAUUGACAAACGGCUUUGAAUGGAAGUACGUACCGACGACCAUGAACCCAGCUGACAUGAUAUCCCGCGGUGUGUAUCCUUCAAAAUUGGCAGAUAAUGAAAUGUGGUGGAGAGGCCCUACGUUUCUACGUGCGAUGGAGGGCGAACCGGUGGUAUUGCUGUGCGCUGCGGCUGGGUCGAACCGAACGAUGACUACUCCAGUAGAAGCAACGGUUGGAUCUGCUGUUCCAGAAAAUCGCAUGUUGGAGUUGAUUAUGAACACCAGCAAUUUUCGCAAGCUAGAAAGAGUCGUAGGAUAUGUAAUGAGAUUCGUAACGAACUGCAGACUGGAAUACGAUAAACGACGUCGAGGACAAUUGACAAGUUUGGAAUUUCGAGAAACUAUGAAGGUAAUGGUCAAGGUAGUACAGGCUGCUGAAUACCGUAAUGAAAUCAAGUGUGUGGAAUCAGAAAAACCUGUAGUUGGAAGGCUUCUCAAUCUGCGACCUAUGCUGGAUAGUGAGCGAUUGCUGAGAGUUGGAGGACGACUACAAUAUUCUGACCUCCCGUAUGAACAGAAGCACUCCAUGAUUAUCCCAGAGAAACAUCCACUGACAGAAAUGUUAAUCGAAACUCUACAUCGUGAACAUCUGCAUUUGGGACAAAACGGGUUGCUUGCAGUUAUGCGACGCUAUGUUUGGCCAGAGAAGGGAAAACGAGCCAUACGUAGGGUGCUGAGACGGUGCGUAAGGUGCUUCCGAAUGAAGCCAAAGGAGACAAACCAGCUUAUGGGUAAUCUUCCAAGGUUCCGAGUCACAGUCGCCGAUCCGUUCAUCAGAACUGGCAUCGACUAUGCCGGGCCUGUUUUGCUAAAGCAAGGGCGAAUGAAAGCACCGAUCAAAGGAUAUAUUGCAGUAUUUGUGUGUAUGUCCACAAAAGCAAUACACAUUGAGCUAGUGACAUCGAUGACAGCGGACUCGUUCCUCUCUGCGCUGCAACGCUUCGUGGGCAGACGAGGGCAUGUUGCCGAAUUGUUCUCGGACAAUGGAAAGAAUUUUAUCGGGGCAAAUCGAUAACUGACUGAGUUGCACGAGCUGCUUACUUCGCAAGUAUUGGAGAAGAAGGUGAGUGACUUCUGCCAGGUGCGUGGCAUAUCGUGGAGCUUCAAUCCACCAAAGGCUCCCCACCAGGGCGGAUUAUGGGAAGUGUGGGGUAUGAACAAAGCUGAGUAGCAUUUCCCAUGCGUGUAUUUCCCCUAGCAAGCAUCAGUGACAGUCAGCACCAUGACGGGGUCGUCGUCAGUGUGAUGCUGCCUCAUUGACGAGUGGACUGUUGGCGGGGCAAGUCGCCAUCACCGUGAGGUUCCGUAUUAUGCCAAGUGAUUCUACUGCAGUUUGCUAAGAUGGCUGGGAACGGAUUGUUCCAGUGGGUUGCCCGGUAUUCACAUUGGCGAUCCUGCCAGGAGUGCAUCAUAAUCAAUAACAAGUUAAUCAUAAAAUAGGUAGAAUCACUUGGCAUAAAAAUAGUGAGAGUAAACAAAUCGUUUUGGUGUGUGAAGUGUGUGGUGGUGCUGCAAACACAGUGAAGUGGGUGUUGCAAUUCUGCGGUUCCUGGCGAAAGCUAGAGCGCGGAAAGUUUUAGCGUUCUGUUUUAGCCUUGGUUCUAGCACAAACACAUGAACAAAGGCGCGGUGACGUGGUUGAUUUUUGUUGUCGACUGGUAGCACGCUGUGGAUAGGUGGUCGGUCGAUGAUUGCAUGCAUGUUUCUUCAUGUUCUUGCUCGGCAUGGAUGGUCGCGCUUUCGUUGAUUCCUCGGAUCGUACAUGCUCGUGUUGUCGCUCGGUUGAACGGUAAAUGCAAACAGGUUGAUGUGCAUGAUGGUAGAGGUGUUUGACUAUUGUGAAUGUUGCCGUAAAAUACUCGCGGCGUUGGUUGGUUGGGUUGGUUUUUGCUCGGGUUUUUGGUUGGGCAAAUUAAUGGCGUGUCGAACCGCCGAAAAUUUUUCUGCAUAAGGAAAAUGCAGGGACGUGUAAUGAAAACCGUCCAAGGAAACGGCAUUUUUGGAUAACCGCCGAAAAUUUUUCUGCAUAAAGAAAAUGCAGGGACGUGUAGUGAAAACCGUCCAAGGUAAAGGCGUUGUUGGAUAACCGCCGAAAAUUUUUCUGCAUAAGGAAAAUGCAGGGACGUGUAAUGAAAACCGUCCAAGGAAACGGCAUUUUUGGAUAACCGCCGAAAAUUAUUCUGCAUAAAGAAAAUGCAGGGACGUGUAGUGAAAACCGUCCAAGGUAAAGGCGUUGUUGGAUAACCGCCGAAAAUUUUUCUGCAUAAGGAAAAUGCAGGGACGUGUAAUGAAAACCGUCCAAGGAAACGGCAUUUUUGGAUAACCGCCGAAAAUUUUUCUGCAUAAAGAAAAUGCAGGGACGUGUAGUGAAAACCGACCAAGGUAAAGGCGUUGUUGGAUAACCGCCGAAAAUUUUUCUGCAUAAGGAAAAUGCAGGGACGUGUAAUGAAAACCGUCCAAGGAAACGGCAUUUUUGGAUAACCGCCGAAAAUUAUUCUGCAUAAAGAAAAUGCAGGGACGUGUAAUGAAAACCGUCCAAGGAAACGGCAUUUUUGGAUAACCGCCGAAAAUUUUUCUGCAUAAAGAAAAUGCAGGGACGUGUAGUGAAAACCGUCCACGGUAAAGGCGUUGUUGGAUAACCGCCGAAAAUGUUUCUGCAUAAGGAAAAUACAGGGACGUGAAAUGAAAUCCGUCCGAGGAAAUGGCGUUAUUGAAAAACUGCCGAAAAUUGUUUGCAUUAGGAAAAUGCAGCGAUGUGUAAAGAAACCCGUCUAAGGAAAUGGCGUUGCAUGAUAACUGCCGAAAGCUGUGCGUGAGGAAAAUGCAGGGACGUGUAAUGAAAACCGCCCAUAAAAAUUGCAUAUCGUUAAACAGUUUAAAAUUCGAAGUACGCAAUGAAAACAUAUCUACUGAAAAUAUGUUGUAGAACCUCUUUUGAACUCGUUUUGUAGAAUCUAUUUUCGUAUAAUGAAGGACAUUUGUGUGUUAUAUAUGGUCCAUCUGUACCAUCACAUUGAAGCAUUGAAAAUGGAGUUGUAUGAUAUACGGAAUCUUUAGUCUGAUAAAUCUCAAAUUGUUGGCUUCAUGGCCGAGCGGUUAGCGGCGCCAGUCGUUUAGGUGUCUCGUAAGCCUUGGAGUGUGGGUUCGAUUCCCGCUCCAGUCGGGGAAAACUUUUCGCCAAACGGAAAAUUCUCCACUGGGCCACUGGGUGUAAUAUGUGUUGUCCGUUGUGAAAUGUUUGUAAUGUUCAGUCUGUAGAGGCCGCAAGGUCGAAGACGGUGUAAUUGUCUUUUUAUAAAUCUCAAAUUCGUUAAUCUCUUGUUUUUUUUUCUUUUUUGACAAAUAAUUCUUACAAAAUAUGUUCGUUUUCGUUGAAUGCGUCGAAUUUUCGCAAUCGUGAAUAACGAUUGAUUUGAGUGAGAGAAAAACAGGGCCGGCUACAUAACGAGACGUGCGAAGUCGUAUAGAUGAUUGGUUAGCAUUGCAAGUUAUUAAUCAAAUGAUAUAGGUUCGAUAUUAACAAAAGUGCGUUUACUAAUCAAAAAAGUAAAUGUGGCCAUUCGUCUUAAUUCUUGUAUCUUGAAGUGUAUCUUGUUGCAUUGGUGCCAUAAGGAUGAAGAGAACGAAAUUGAGGGUUUGAGCGUAAAAAUAACAAGCCUGCUAGUCGAAAACUUUUUUUUUCUUUUCGGAGAAGAGGGAGAAUGUGGGGUAUGAACAAAGCUGAGUAGCAUUUCCCAUGCGUGUAUUUCCCCUAGCAAGCAUCAGUGACAGCCAGCACCAUGACGGGGUCGUCGUCAGUGUGAUGCUGCCUCAUUGACGAGUGGACUGUUGGCGGGGCAAGUCGCCAUCACCGUGAGGUUCCGUAUUAUGCCAAGUGAUUCUACUGCAGUUUGCUAAGAUGGCUGGGAACGGAUUGUUCCAGUGGGUUGCCCGGUAUUCACAGGAAGCAGGGGUCAAAAGCGCAAAACAUCAUCUCUAUCGGACGCUCAAUGAAUCGUAUCUCACUUACGAGGAGAUGAAUACGCUAUUGAUUCAAAUCGAGGCCAUUUUAAAUUCACGUCCGUUAUGCGAACAGUCUAAUGACCCACACGACUAUCGGGCAUUGAGCCCAGGUCAUUUCCUGAUCAGUCGUGAAUUGACGGCAAUUGCAGAACCUCUCUACGACACUGUAAAAGAACAUGCGUUAUCCAGAUACCAGUUAAUUCAGAAGCGGAGGCAGUCGUUUUGGAAGCGGUGGUGCAAUGACUACUUGACUGAGCUACAAAAACGGCACAAGUGGAAAAAGGAGUCAUCGUUCAUCCGAAGCGGCAUGAUGGUCAUUCUCAAGAAGGAGCACACUCCUCCCCAGAGCUGGAGACUUGGAGGAAUCGUUAACACACAUCCAGGGCAAGAUGGAGUGAUCCGGGUGGUAACGGUGUGAACAAGUACUGGCGAGUACCGCAGACCUACGACGCAGAUUGCGCUGCUGCCGAUACCCGACAACGAGGAGUGCGGGGACAAAUGAUGAGUUGUGCGGAGCCCAAGGGGGGAGUAUGUUUAGGAUAGAAAACGGGGGAUAAUUUCUUCCAGUGUAACAAUGAACUCGUUUGAUUUGUUUUGGCCAAUGAGGCAUUUCUAGUUCAGUGCAUUUAUGUAACCAUUUCCUGUAACAAAGCAGAAUUAGUAUUAAAACGGAUUUUCGUCAAACAGACGUGUUUUUAUUUCGUGACGAGAAAUUACAGUCCGCCGAAAUUGCUUCCCACGUGUGAUACGAACAAUGAGCGUAAUCAUUUAUUUGCGUCGGAAUCUAUAAAUAUUCACAACGGGCAAUAAAAUUUAAUGCUUUUCUUUGGUACAUGGGGGUUUUGAAAUUAGUCUAUGCUGGAACCAUCUCGGCAGGGCUUCUAUUUUGGGUACUUUUCUGAUAUUGCUUUUUUUGCACCGUAUUCGACCCCCUGCAGAAAUUUUUUGUCACACCACAAUAUGUUCCCACCAGUUUCAGCAUACAUUGGUUCGUUUCGCUGCUAGAAAUUUUAAGCGUCGGUUACACUUUUUGGGUGGUGCAAGGAAUAAUCGGUUUGUUUACUUGCUACUUUCCUUGGUGUUUGACGUGUGAACAAAUAUUUUAGAUGAUUGAACAUUUGCACGGAAAUCUAUAAAGCAAAGCAAGAUGCAAUAUAACUCAGUCAAUUUUCAUCCAAUUGACAUAAUUUUUGGUACGCGGUGAGACUCAUAGCACAGACAGACAUAUUACUUAGAAGAAAAUUGCUUCAAAAACAUCGUUUGGCAUCUCACUAGCACCCUCUAUAAUUCUCAAUCCGAAGCAUUCAUUUACAGGUGUUGUUUCCCUCGGCUCGAUGUAACAAUUUUGCAGGUGAUGACUCCCCCGUGGCGUCAUCCAUUCAUAAAACAUGAAUGAAGGUUCAUGAUUGAGUCAUUUUAUGUAAACAUUGAUCGGCGUCGCGUUCAUUUCUCUCCAAAAUUGAGAAGUGAUGUAGGCACAGCAGCGCCACCAUGACACAUGCGAGCACAGUCCGAACCACACAUUAUUUUCAAAAUGACCGUUAAAUCGUGCAAUGAUUUAGAUUUGAGUAGUAUGUCUGUGCUGAAACUACCCAUCGACUGGGUCAAUUCGACCCGGAUUUUCAUGUUUGUUUCUAUCAGUUGUCAAAAUCCGGGUAACCCAAAAACCCAGAUUCGUUGAAUUUGGGCAAAGAUCUGGGUAAUAGGCACUUUGUCACUUUUCGGCUUGAGAAUAUGGCAGCGGUCAGGAGAACGCUGGAAACUUUGGAAUGUUUUCGCGAAAAAUAUGCCGAUAAAUGACGGGAAAACAGGGGAAAUAUUCCGGGGAACUGUUUUCCAGCAUCAGGUAAGUGAACAGCAAGGCGACGUGAGACAUCUUAGAGAAGACGAAUGUCGUCGAUAUUUUGCAACUUUCUCGCCUUCGGCUAGGGAAUCCGCCCACGCUUUUUCGUCCCGCCGACAUGAGUGCUUCACUUCCUUCCGCGAGCCGAAUAGCGCUGAUAGAAAAGAAGAAAAGACAAUUCACCGUCUUGGGCCAGAGGUCGCACAGACUGAACACAUUACUAACAUUAGGCAACGGACAACACAUAUAACACCCAGUGGCCCAGUGGAGAAUUUUCUGUUUGACGAAAAGUUUUCCCCGACUGGAGCGGGAAUCGAACCCACACUCCGAGGCUUACGAGACACCUAAACGACUGAUGCCGCUAACUGCUCGGCCACGAAGCCCACAAAAUAUAUAGGCUUGGCUCCUCGUGUUUUGCUCGCUCUAUCGCGACUUGGCAUUAUUCAGCACAGUGCUGGAAAAAAUCACGAAGUUCAUACGACGGAGUCAAAACUAUUCAAAUCACAGCUACCCAUGGUUAUGAAUGUAAAACCGUCCGCUACGGUAGUCUAGUUUGUUGAAUUUCAUUAGAAACCCUAUGUUGCUACGGUAGUCUGCUACAGUAGAUCGCUAUGUGGCUGUUCUGACGGGAUUCUCUAGAUGGGUCAAGCUUGGAGACAAGGCUUUAGAAUGAUUUGGUGGCAAUGUUGGAUAGACCUUCGCUGGAUGAAUCGGUAGGACUCUCGGGAUGAUAAUAUUGGAGAAUCGAUACAAUAAUGACGAGGAUUAUUGAUGGCAGAAUCGGACCGACAUACGGGAUGGACCUUCUCGACUUCUCAGGCAAUUGAGAACAAAACUAACUAUUUUAUAAAGAUUGUAUUUAAACAAGAGGUCAUCUAGGAAGUUAUGGUUAAGAUUUUUUUUUUAUGGUGUUAGCUUUUUUGAUAAAUGGCACGCUGAUUGGCGUGGGGUUUUUACGCUGCCUGGUAUUCAGCGACCGACAUGCCAACUGGAACGGCGUCUUACAUUAUAAUCAAAAACUGACUCCACCAGUACACCAUCAUGCACAUAAUAUACUUGAUUCUUGAGAGCUUAGGGAACCGGAAGCCGAUUUGCGUUGUUUCACACUUUCGCGUCGGUGUGGUGCGGUGCGGCGGCGUACACGAUCACUUGAAUAAUGAGACGAGAUAGUCUGCUCCGAGGUUUCCUCCUGCUGAAUCACGGAUGACGCUUACGUGGACCAAGGGAAAACCGAUGAUUGAAAGGUUUAACCAUGGGUGUAAAUAUGCUGCAAGGUACUUGCGAGAUAUCGGGAGCGUGUCAUCGGAAAAUACUGUGCUUUGGGUAUAGACGAUAUCCCUAAUGAAGAACGCUAGUACGACAAAUGAAUUUCAAUGAAACUCAUUUGGAGCUCCCGCGUUGAAUCUGCUACUGUAGUAUUUUUUUAGAUCGCCUACUAUAUUGAUUCAAAAAAAUUACUCCCGCAUAUGAAGAGCCAGCGAUACAUUCAUCAAAUUCAAGCAAACUACUGUUACCAUUCCCAGCACUGAUUCAGCAUGACCCGUUUAGCCUAUUUUUCAACCCAUGGACUAUAGUCAAAUAUAUUUUAACUUCCAUCACAUUUUCCAGGGAACUUAUUCGUCGACAUGAUGAACGACCUGAUUCGUCGGUAUCGUGUGAGGGAGAUCGCCAUUGAAACUUA